CAAGUCACUACUACAUCACGUGUUUAUAUCGUGUUCUUUGUAUUCCACUUUCAAGUAAAAUUUGAAAAAAGGAGAAAGAGAAAGAUGAACGGACGUUAAAAAAUCGUAUCUUCACCAGCGUCGAGAACAGUUUCAAUUCCGAUGGUACGAUCAAGAUCAUUGUCGAUGUAUUCGCGAUCAUGCUAAAGUGGGUACAUUAUUGCCCGUUGCCGAAGGAUCGUGCGAGCGUUUCCUCGGACACAAAGGUGAUCGAUCCGAGCGAGAUUACGAGGGACGAGAAGGACGAAAGAAGGAUAUACGAGAGAAGAAAAUACGGUGCUGACACAGGAAGUUCGCUAAAUACGCGAAACGCGAAAAUCGCCACACCGGAUGCUAUCAUGAGGAGAUACUUCCGGUUUGGGGGUUCGGAUCCGAGGGUAGCGACCUGCAGAGGAAAACUGCAGAACAAGCGAAGUAAGCUCAAUCAAGAGAUCAACAAGGAACUACGGUUGCGAGCGGGUGCUGAAAAUCUUUUUAAGGCGACGACCAACAGAAAGUUGAAAGAGACCGUCGCAUUGGAGUUAAGCUUUGUCAACUCGAAUCUGCAGUUGUUGAAGGAACAGCUUGCCGAAUUGAACAGUUCAGUGGAACUAUACCAAAAUGUGGAUGGCACUGAGCCCGUUAUGCCGAUGAUACCAUUGGGACUCAAAGAGACCAAAGAUAUUGACUUUCGGGAUCCGUUUAAAGAUUUCAUUUUGGAGCAUUAUAGCGAAGAUGGGGAAAACUAUGAAGAAGCUAUAGCUGACUUGAUGGAAACCAGACAGGCUACAAGGACACCGACCAGAGAUUCAGCAGGCAUCGCGUUACUCCUGCGUUAUUAUAAUCAGCUUUAUUUCAUAGAGAGACGUUUCUUUCCACCUGACAGAAGCCUUGGCAUCUAUUUUGAAUGGUUCGAUUCGUUGACAGGAGUACCGAGUUGUCAACGAACAGUUGCCUUCGAGAAGGCAUCCAUUCUUUUUAAUGCCGGUGCGCUUUAUACGCAACUGGCUGCCAAGCAGGAUCGUCUGACCGCUCGAGGACUCGACCAAGCAGUCGACGCUUUUCUCAGAGCGGCUGGCACCUUUCGGUAUAUCCAUGAGAAUUUCACAAAUGCACCAAGUAUGGAUUUGGGCCCAGAUAUGCUGGAAAUGCUGGUACAGUUGAUGCUUGCUCAGGCAAGGGAAUGUCUCUUUGAAAAACUGGAGCUUCAAUCGAAGGACAGCAGAAACGUCGAUGUUUGUUUAGAUCUUGCUCAAGAGGCAGCUCAGGUUGCGGCGAUAUACAAUGAUGUCCACGGAUUGAUAUCACGCGAGCCAGUUCGUGAUUACGUCCCGGAAACGUGGAUCUCGUUGAUACUAGUGAAGCGCGAACACCAUCUUGCCCUCGCUCACAAGCAUAUCGCUGUUGGUCUGCUGGACAGACCAAUCGCUGAAUUUCGCGUGGAAACAAAACUCACAUUGGAGCAUAUUCAAAAGAGCGACGGGAAAACUCAAUUGGACGCAACUAUUCCCAGAGAUGACAACGAAAGGAAAUUAUUGGGCAAAGCACAUCUCAGAGAAGCUCUUGUUUUGCAUGACGAGAGUCAACGCCUCCAGAGAAUGUGCCGCGAACUGAAAGGUAAACAAGCUCUAGCGAAGGUUCUGAAGAAAGCUCAAGAAGCAACAUUUGAAAGCUAUAAUAGGUUUGGUAAUGAGGAUGAUUUUCGAGAACUUUUGGAUCCACCGGAUAUUAUCGCCUCGACAAAAUUUCAACUUAGCAUCACUCAUCCCGAUUUUGGACAACACGGAGUGGACGACCUUUUCAAGUCGUUGGGACCUGUAGCGAUAUUUUCUGCCAAACGUCAUUGGACCGCGCCGCGAUUGAUACAACUUCAAAGAGGCCCUGACGGCGAAGGUUUUGGAUUUAGUGUACGGGGUGAUGCUCCGGUGAUAGUAGCAGCCGUCGAUCACAAUUCAUUAGCGGAUGUGGGUGGAAUGAAGGAAGGUGAUUUCAUAGUCGGCAUCAGCGAAAAAGACGUCAAGUGGGCAUCCCACGAGCAAGUCGUGCGAAUGAUAAAACAAUGCGGUGACUUUAUAAAUUUGAAAUUAGUCACCCCAAUGGAUAGGAAUUAUUUAAAGAUGAUGAUAUCGGAAGGACAGCAAAAGAAAUAUGAUGAAUAUAAGAGUACGUUGGAUGCGGAAACGCUGGAAAUAGCUAGAUUGGAACUCCGUGAGGAUGACAACAUGAGGGAGCAAGCGCUGAAGCAAUUUCGGCAUUGGAUCGAGAAACAUCCUGCGAUUAAAAAAUGUAGGACCGAUUCGUUGUUUUUACUAAGAUUUCUUAGGACGAAGAAAUUCAGUUUGCCGAUGGCGCAGGAGAUGCUGGAACAGUAUCUCACUAUCAGGCAACUUCAUUCCAAUUGGUUUCAAAAUCUCGACGUUGAUGAUCCGGAACUUAUGGCCAUCAUUGAUAACGGCUAUAUAGUACCAAUGUUAAAGCGAGAUCAACACGGGCGAAAAGUGAUAAUGUCAUUUGCAGGGCGUUUCGACCCUAGUAAAUUCUCAUCUGCACACUUGCUCCGGGUUCAUAGUAUGGUGGUCGAGAGCUUAAUGGACGAUGAGAAAAGUCAAGUCUACGGCUACACAUAUCUCAACGACGAAGCGGGAUUGUCCAUGAACCAUUUCGGCACGUUGUCUUUCAUGGACAUUCGUAAUAUAUUGAAGUGCAUACAGAACAGUACACCGAUGCGUCACAAAGAGACACAUUUAAUCAAUCUACCCAGCGGCGUAGCGAAGUUCCUCGAAUUCGCCAUAUCUCUAUUAAACGAGAAGCUUAGGUCUCGCGUUAUGAUACAUAGGAACAUACAAGAGUUAAAAGAAGCAGUGGAUCCAAAGAUACUACCGAAGGAAUAUGGCGGGGAAAUCUCGCUUUCAGAAAUGAUCGAUGAAUUUAAGAAGGAACUAAAACAGAAAAAAGAUGAACUCAAGGCCCUCGACGAUAUGUAUAUUGAAAUAUCGCCGAAAUAUUAUCAAGAGGCUAACGAAGAAUUAAGCGGAAUAUGCGGUUCGUUCCGAAAGUUAGAGGUCGACUAAGAGCAAUCUAUUUCUUUUCGAUUUUGCAACUUCACAUUGUCAGCACCUUAUUUUAAUAGUUAUUUUUAUGUUAUGUGAUUACACGUCGCGUAUUAAUGAACAAGUGUUUUACCAAAAAGAACCAUAGAAAUAUAUUAUGAUACAGAGAUCGUGAGCACGUAAACGUAUGUAUGUACAAGCGAUUUAUACAUCAAUAAUUGUUAAC